CCCAAAAAAAAUGGAGGCAGAGAAAGGCUCUGGACGAAGAUUGCGUUCCAUCAACCGUCAGGGAUAUGACGAGAACGAGGACUCCUCGGACGUGGAGGAGAUUGUGAGCGUCAGGGGUUUCAGCCUGGAGGAGAAAUUACGCAGCCACCACUACCAGGGGGACUUCGUGCGCGCCAUGGACGGGAAAGAUUUCAACUUUGAGUACGUACAGAGAGAAGCCCUCAGAGUGCCUCUGGUCUUCCCAAAUCCUGAUGGACUAGGAAUUAAGAUGCCUGACCCUGACUUUACCGUGCGAGAUGUCAAACUCCUAGUGGGGAGCCGGCGACUGGUGGAUGUGAUGGACGUCAACAGCCAGAAGGGUACGGAGAUGAGCAUGUCCCAGUUCGUGCGCUACUAUGAGAUGCCUGAAAGCCAGCGGGAGAGAUUAUACAACGUCAUCAGCCUCGAGUUCAGCCACACGAAGCUGGAGAACCUGGUCAAGCGGCCCAAUGUGAUCGACUUGGUGGACUGGGUAGACAACAUGUGGCCCCAGCACCUGAAAGAGAAGCAGACGGAGUCUACCAAUCUCAUUGCAGAGAUGAAGUACCCCAAGGUUAAGAAAUACUGUCUGAUGAGUGUCAAAGGCUGCUUCACGGACUUCCAUAUUGAUUUUGGAGGCACAUCUGUCUGGUACCACGUCUUCCGAGGCAAGAAGAUCUUCUGGCUGAUUCCCCCCACCUUGCACAAUUUGGAACUCUAUGAAGAGUGGGUGCUCUCGGGAAAGCAGAGCGACAUCUUCCUGGGAGACCGAGUCGAGCAAUGCCAAAGAAUUGAGCUGACCCAGGGCUACACGUUUUUUAUCCCCUCCGGCUGGAUCCAUGCCGUCUACACGCCCGUAGACUCCCUGGUGUUUGGCGGAAACAUUUUGCAUAGUUUUAAUGUGCCCAUGCAGCUCCGCAUCCAUGAGAUAGAGGACAGGACGCGGGUACAGGCCAAAUUCCGGUACCCUUUCUACUAUGAGAUGUGUUGGUAUGUUUUGGAGAGAUACGUACACUGCGUGACCCAGCGUUCCCACCUCACUCAGGAGUACCAGAGAGAAUCAAUGCUCAUUGAUGCCUCGAGAAAACCCAGUGUAGACGGCUUCUCAUCUGAUUCCUGGCUGGAGAUGGAUGAGGAAUCCUGUGAGCUGCACCCCCAGGAGGAGGAAAAGGAAAAGAAAGAGAAGGAGGAAAAAGAGAAGGAAGACAAGGAAAAGGAGAAGGAAGGGAAGAAGGAGAAGGAAGAGAAGGAGAAGGAAGAGAGCGUGGACAAGGCAGCACCCAAGCCUUUGGCUCCGCUGGUCCUGCCUGUCCCACUCAUCCCUCCUAUCCCGCCCAUCCCGCCUGUCCCACCUGUCCUGCCCUUCCUGCCCCCCCAUGCCACCGCCUCUCCUACCAGCACACCCUCGGAGGGCCAGGAGGCCACCAUGAAAAAGCCCAAAGCAGCCGCCGUGCGGUACCUCAAAAGGACUUUGUCCAAUGAGUCAGAUGAGAGUGUCAAGUCCGCCAUGACCACAGACUAUCCCAAAACCCCGACAGGCUCCCCCGCCACAGAAGUCUCCACCAAGUGGACUCACCUUACGGAGUUUGAACUGAAGGGCCUCAAAGCCCUGGUCGAGAAGCUUGAAUCCCUUCCAGAGAACAAGAAAUGUGUCCCUGAGGGGAUCGAGGAUCCCCAGGCGCUUCUGGAGGACAUGAAGAAUGUCCUGAAGGAGCAUGCUGAUGAUGAUCAAAGCCUGGCAAUCACUGGCGUGCCUGUUGUCACGUGGCCCAAGAAGACAGCAAAGAACCGGGCAGUAGGUCGACCCAAGGGGAAGCUGGGCCCAGCCUCCGCGGUGAAGUUGGCUGCCAAUCGGACGACAGCAGGGGCGCGCCGGCGACGGACGAGAUGCCGCAAGUGCGAGGCCUGCCUGCGGACCGAGUGUGGCGAGUGUCACUUCUGCAAGGACAUGAAGAAGUUUGGGGGGCCUGGGCGGAUGAAGCAGUCCUGCAUCAUGAGACAGUGCAUCGCGCCAGUGCUGCCCCACACUGCUGUGUGUCUGGUGUGUGGAGAGGCUGGAAAGGAAGACACGGUGGAGGAGGAAGAGGGCAAGUUUAACCUCAUGCUUAUGGAGUGUUCCAUCUGCAAUGAAAUCAUCCACCCUGGAUGCCUUAAGGUGAAGGAGUCGGACGGUGUGGUCAACGAUGAGCUUCCCAACUGCUGGGAGUGUCCAAAGUGCAAUCAUGCUGGCAAGACUGGGAAAGCGUACAAGCAAAAGCGCGGCCCCGGGUUCAAGUAUGCCUCGAACCUGCCCGGCUCGCUGCUGAAGGAACAGAAGAUGAACCGGGACAACAAGGAGGGGCCGGACUUGGCCAAACGGAGAGGAGAGUGUGAGGAGGCCGCCCGGCGAAAGUCUGAAGAGCACACCAAGAAGGCCCCUGUCGACGCCAUCCUUCGCAGGAAGUCUGACGAAGUUCACCUGAGGAGGAAGCGGAAAUUCGAGAAACCCCAGGAGUUAAACACUCGGAAGCGGCUAAAACUCAGCAAGGAGGAGAAGCUUUUCAGGAAAAAGCGGCGGUCCUGGAAGAAUGCUGAGGACCGAGCGGGACUGGCCAACAAGCCCCCUCGGCGGUUCAAGCAGGAGCCCGAGGACGACCUGCCUGAGGCGCCCCCCAAGAACAAGGAGAGCGACCAGUCCAGGUCUAGUUCCCCGACCGCGGGGCCCAGCACCGAGAGUGCCGAGGGCCCUGACAAGAAGAUGAAGGUCCGCCGGAAGCGACGGCUCCCCAACAAGGAGCUGAGCAAGGAGCUGAGCAAGGAGCUGAACCAGGAGAUCCAGAAGACCGAGAACAGCCUCGCCAACGAGAACCACCAGCCCAUCAAGUCGGAGCCGGAGAGCGAGAAUGAGGAGCCCAAGCGCGUGCUGGGAGGGGUUGAGCGGACCCCCCGCUUCAGCAAGGGCCUCAAUGGGGCCCCCCGUGAGCUGCGGCAUCCGCUCGUGCCCAGCCUGCGCAGCCCCCCCCGCAUCCCAGCGCGGCCCCCGCCGUCCCUGUCCCCACCCAAGUGCAUCCAGAUGGAGCGGCACGUCAUCCGCCCGCCACCCAUCAGCCCCCCGCCAGACUCGCUGCCCCUGGAUGACGGCGCCGCCCACGUCAUGCAGCGGGAAGUGUGGAUGGCCGUGUUCAGCUACCUCAGCCACAGUGACCUCUGUGUCUGCAUGCGGGUCUGCAAGACCUGGAACCGCUGGUGCUGUGAUAAGCGGUUAUGGACCAAAAUCGACCUGAACCACUGCAAAUCCAUCACCCCGCUGAUGCUCAGUGGCAUCAUCCGCCGACAGCCCAUUACCCUGGACCUCAGCUGGACCAACAUCUCCAAGAAGCAACUUAGCUGGCUCAUCAACAGGCUUCCUGGGCUCCGGGAUCUGCUACUGUCUGGCUGCUCCUGGAUCGCGGUCUCCGCCCUGUGCAGCUCCAGCUGUCCUCUGCUGCGAACACUGGACGUGCAGUGGGUGGAAGGCCUGAAGGACGCCCAGAUGCGGGACCUCUUGUCUCCCCCCACAGACAACCGGCCAGGCCAGAUCGACAACAGGAGUAAGCUCCGUAACAUUGUGGAACUGCGCCUCGCCGGACUGGACAUCACAGACGCUUCCUUGCGGCUCAUCAUCCGCCACAUGCCCCUGCUCUCCAAACUGCACCUCAGUUACUGUAACCACGUCACUGACCAGUCCAUCAACCUGCUGACAGCAGUAGGAACGACCACCAGGGACUCCUUAACAGAAAUUAACUUAUCAGACUGCAAUAAGGUUACUGACCAGUGCCUGUCAUUCUUUAAACGUUGUGGAAAUAUCUGUCAGAUUGACCUAAGGUACUGUAAACAGGUGACCAAGGAAGGCUGUGAGCAGUUCAUAGCUGAAAUGUCAGUGAGUGUCCAGUUUGGGCAAGUGGAAGAAAAACUCCUACAGAAACUGAGUUAGUCCAAGGACAGGUGUGUAAAUAGUGGGCUGGGGAGGGGGGAAGGAGAGGGGGAAAAUGACUUUCAUUUCAGAAUACAUGGGGAUUUUAUUUUACACUUGGAGCUUGGACUGGCAGAGGAGAGCAAAGAUUCCAUUUUACAAGCCCAAUCAAUUGAUGGAUUGAUCCCGGAAAGGACCGAGUUCACCUCCCACGUUGUGAACGCCCAGCGCACGCACGGGCUGGGGCACUCUGCACUCCCUGGCUCUUGUGCCGAUUCCUAAGAGACAUUCACAGCUGGGGGCUGGGGGGGAGUGGGGUGGGGAGGGAGGGAAGGAUGGACUGUCGAGAUAUUAUUUAAAAAGUACCAGAGCAUGAGCUUGGAAGUGGACAUUUUUUUAUUUCUGCUCCACUUUUUCCCACGGUGACCCCCUCCCCCUGCCAAGUUUUUAGUAUCUUUCCAAUGGACCACAAGCUGCAUUUCUGCCACCUCAACCCAUCCUGUGUUUUGUUUUUUUGUUACAUGAUACAUGAUGCAGAACUAUUUUUGUACAAAUUGUUUAAAGGUUAUUUAUGCAACAUUUGAAUGCACACCAGUGUUGUUUUUCGUUUUGGAUUUUGGUUUGGGAUUGCCAACAUUUAUGGUUUACUUAAGGUAGGAGAGAACUUAGAACCUAUCUAUACUUCGUAAGAUAAAAAUAAUCCAUCAGCAGAUGUGCCCAGGUCUGGCCAAGCAGGCUCACACUUUCAAUUUAAAAGCAUGCUUGAAUGGGAGUUUAUAUCCUGCUUGUAUCCUUCAGAAGUGACAUAAGCAUGUUGUGCAAAAACGGUGUCAAUUAUAGUUGAAGUAAGACAUUUGGCCAAGUUUUCUCUGUACAGGAUUCUCCUUUCUUCCUCAGAAUUUUCCAAUUCCAAUUUCAGCUUUUGCACAUGGGAGAUUUUCGCUCCAGCAUGAGCUCUCUUGUUACUCCACAGACCUAAUUUAUACAGUGAGUCAAGCCGCAGAAUAAAUGGUCAAACGUA